UCUUUUUGUCGAGGAGAGCGCGCAUUCGAGCACUUUGUUUAUUAUCGGCGACGCCACGGCGGGGAGCUAUGAUUAGAAUUAGCACAUCCGGGGAACCGAUCCAGAAACGCUUCUAUAGUUUGACUUGAUGAUUGACACAGCGUCGUCUACGGCGCAUACCUUCAUACCUUCGCCCUGACAGGUAGUCGACUGUGCUGUGACAAUGUCGGAGGUCUGACGAGACAAGAAGACAACUUUUUCCCAGCGUGCCUCAUGGAACGAUACCAGGAAGACUUAGCUGGUCUGGACCCUGUCUUUCUAGAGGAGGAGGAAUGGGAUCUGUACAACUCCCUCUCGGCUCUGUCCCUGCCCAGUCCCCAACCCCGCUCCCCUCUCUGGUCCCAGGGCGGAGGCAAUGAGAGCUCCGAUGACCCUACCACCCAGGGGGUGGGUGGAGGGGUCCCCAGCCCAAAUUCCUACCUGAGACCCAGGACGCAGGAGACAGAGGUCCUCCUGAGAGGAGCAGCCCUCCUGCCUCCUCCAGUACCCCCUCGGAGGAGAACCUCCAGUGCUGCUCUGCUGACUAAUGCUCAGAAGAGGUUCUCCUGUGAUCUGACUGUACCCGCUAUCAGACUGAACCGCUUUAAUACAGCCACAUAUAGUCAUCUGGAUACCUGGAGCAUCAAACUGAUAGACACUCCACAAGGAAGCACCAAACAACUGGCUUCUCUCUGCAUGUUGACGUCCAAACUGUUGUCUAGGUACCCCCACACUGACCAGGUGUCUAACUCAGGGGUGGUGUGGGGGCGUGUGUCACCUAUCCACCCUUCCUUACUGCAGGAGGCUGAGAUCACCGUCAAUGUGUCAACUCCCUGGGUCCUUCACCAAUUACCCAUUCCCACCAUGUUGAACAAAACAGUCCAGACCCUGAUAGAUGAGAUCUUGCUGCUUCUGGAACAGACUAACCCAAGAGACAGUGGAUACUAUGGAUACUACCUCCUGAAGUUGUGUGAUUCUGAAGAGUACCUCAGGAAUGAGGAGAUGCUGGGUAUGCACGGGAGCAUCCAGGACUAUCAUAAGUGUUCCCUGGAGGUCCCUCUCAGAUUACUACAGGUUAACACACUACAGAAUCUGUUGGCAAGGGACGUUGAGGACGACAGAGCUCAGUGUCACCUGUACCAACUCCUUGGCUCUGCUUGUGUCUUCAACACAUCAAGGUUGAGCCUCCAAGAGAAGCUGAGUUGCUAUAACAAGGAGGUUAACAAACUGAUGAGGAGCAAGUGUGGCAGUAAUCUUAACCUGCUAUUGGAUGAGGUCCGUACCAUCAUCAACCUGCUGUGUGGGAUCUCUACUAGAGAGCUGGAGGAGGCUAUCGGCAAGCUACGGAGGAUUAAACCUGUAGCACUGGACCAUUUGGAAAUGUACGAGUGUGAGACCUCGAUGAUGAUGCUCCACCAGGCCCUGGGCAAACUGCUGCACGUUUUCUUUGACAACUUCAGCUCAGACUUCAGGGGCCAGGACGUGUACCACAGCCCUCCUGUCUGUGACGUAGACCACAGCUCUGACAUCCUCCAGCUCAACGUCGCAGCGCUCUACAGGCUACAACCCAACUGGUUAAACAGUUUUAAUUACUUCUCCAUUUCCUGUUCGCUGACGUAUGGAGGGAAAGAUAUCUGCGAGACGGGCGUCUCUGAGAACAUCAGCACAGCCUUGUCGCUUGGCAACAAGAUUCAGUGUCAUCGCAUGAUGGUGUUCCCGAAACAGAUCAAACAGCUACCUUAUGAGUCCAUGUUGACGAUACGUCUCCAGGGGACGAAACAGGGCAAGUCUCCUGAACUGUUACGCUGGGCCGUCCUGCCUCUAUACAGUAACAGGACCCUGGUGAGUGGUACUGUCCUGCUCAGCAUGUCUAUGCUGGUGGAGCUGUCUGAGCCUCCCUCGCCUGCCCUGUCAGACAGCCACAGACAGGCUACUGGCGUCAUCCUGCAGUUGGAGUUCCCGGAGACAGCUGAGUGGAGGUAUGAAAGGCCUGUCUCCCUUCCAGGGUCUGUCUUGUUCAGUCCUCCGUGUGAUGAGCUGCACAAGAAGAUAUCAGAGGUUUCCCAGAAACACUGCCUCUGCUUUUUGUCAGAAAAUGAGAGGGCAUUACUGUGGAGUAAGAGAUACUGCUGUGAUGGGAGUACCACCUUCCUGCACCUGCUGCUGGGUGGCGCCCCCCAGUGGGCUCCAGAGAACCUGACUGAGAUCUACACCAUACUGGAACACUGGACAAUACUCCACCCUGAGGAAGCACUGUUUCUACUCUCUAACAAUUUCCAUGACCAGACAGUGCGUCGAAGAGCUGUGCAGCACUUUGAGCAGACUUCUGAUAGAGAACUAGAGGAAUAUCUACCUCAACUGGUACAGGCUCUGAAGAGUGAGUGGGAGUUGAAUGGACCUCUGGUGAUGCUGCUGUUGGACAGGUCACUGAAGAGUGUUAGGAUAGCCCAGCAGCUCUACUGGCUGUUGGUAGAUGCCCAGGAUGACCCCCAUUACCAGAGCUGGUUCAGUAAGGUGCAGGCUGCCCUGAGACACUGCUGUGGUAAAGCACUGAGGCAGGAGCUGGAACACGAAACCCGCCUGGUAACCCUGCUCACGCAGGUGGCUGAGAGGGUCCGUAGAGCUGACAAAAACCGCAGGAAGGAUGUGUUGAAGAAAGACAAGUGGAAGAUUGACAACUUCUUCAAGAACGGGAUCAGCUGUCGUCUACCGUUGGACCCUGCUGUCCUCGUGAAGGGAGUUCAUUUGGAGGCCUGUAAAUUCUAUAAGUCCCACACUGCUCCUCUGGGAAUCUCCUUCAUCAACACAGAUCCUCUGGGCAGGAAAAUCUCUGUCAUCUGCAAGACAGGGGGUAACCUGCGGCAGGACAUGCUGGUGCUGCAGAUCGUGCGUGUGAUGGACAAGGUUUGGCUGCAGGAGGGACUGGACAUGAGGAUGGUUACCUAUAGGUGUAUCUCUACUGGGCGAGACCAGGGUCUGGUGGAGGUGGUGCCAGAGGCAGUGACCCUGGGUAAGAUCCAGCAGGAGUGGGGUCUGGGUGGGGCGCUGAGAGAGGACACCCUGGAGAAGUGGUUUCACAUGUGGAACAAGACUGAGGAGGAUUAUGAGGAGGCUGUGAUGAAUUUCCUCCACUCCUGUGCUGGCUGGUGUGUAGCGACCUUCAUCCUGGGCAUCUGUGACCGCCACAACGACAACAUCAUGUUGAAACACAGCGGUCAUAUGUUCCACAUCGACUUCGGCAAGAUUAUGGGCAAUGCACAGAAGUUCGCCAGCAUCAAAAGGGACCGGACGCCAUUCAUCUUCACCUCAGAGAUGCAACACUUCAUCACCGGCGGGGGUCAGAAACCCCAGAGGUUUCAUCGUUUCGUAGAGCUCUGCUGUGAAGCCUACAACAGCAUCCGACGACGCACCGCCCUGGUGCUCAGCCUACUGCAGCUGAUGCUGGGUGCAGGUAUGCCGGAGCUGAAUGACAUCCAGGACCUGCAGUAUGUUCAGAACAACCUGAAACCUCAGAACUCUAAGAUGGAGGCCACGUCCUACUUCACCAAGAAGAUCAAGGAGAGCAUGGGCAGUUUCCCAGUCAAGCUCAACUUCCUGAUCCACACCAUGGUCCAGUCCUCUGGGAAGAAGCUGGCGCCACCCAGCCCUUCUCAGAACACCUCCCCCAACACCAACAUCCAGGAAGCUGUCAUACAGAAGUACACUGUGAAGGGCAAGGAUGUGACGUACGAGUUGAGGGUGACCAUUGAAGACGGCUAUCUGAUCAGCGAGAAGACAUUCGGUCAGUUUGAGCUGAUCCACAAAGAGCUGAAGAAACACUUCAUGGAGUCUACUCUCCCACAAUUCCCCAAAUGGUUCCAGAUGUCGUUCACUCCAGGCAGAAAAAUGUCCCUGCUGAAUAAAUAUCUGAAGGAACUGUUCGAAGGACCAUGUAAAGGCAAUGAGUUUGUGUGCUGUUUGUUUCUGGAUGGACCCAAGACCAGGACUCCCAACUGUGUGAAAUCAGACAGAGACGGUGGACCCCAGAUUCAACUCUACAUUUCCUACAACGACCACAAGCUCUCUGUCCUGGUCAAACACCUCAAGAACAUUAAGUUGGCCAAUGGUUCGUGUCCAGAUGCCUAUGUGGUCACCAGGCUGAAGCCAGACCCCCUCAAAAGAUCCAAAAGGAAGACCAAGGUGGUCCGUAACAACCACAACCCUACCUUCAAUGAACUGAUAGAGUACCGUGACAUGUCGUCUGUGCAAGACCGCGAGUUAGAGGUGACAGUGAAGAGCAGGAAGGUCUUUGUGGCCUCAGCCAACGUCAGACUGGAACAGAACAACAUGGACACAGAGGAGUGGUUCCUACUGGACAAUCGGGUGCCUAGUGCCUUUUUAUUAAGGCGCAUCGCAGCAUAACCUUUUACAACGUCGCACAGUGGUUGCCUACUGGGAAAUCUGAUGCCUAGUGCGGAAACCCGAAGAUGAGCGUUUCUUAUUGGACAAAGUCCAAGUAGCACUGUCUCUCCCUGUUUCCCUCAGUUUGAAAAACGUUUGGAGAAAAAAAAGAAAGAAAAAAAGAAGCGUCUUUCAUUGGGCAAGAACAGGUAGCACCUCAUUCCGUUUCAAAAUGUUUUCUCCCUACUGAACACCAUUCUGGAGAGGUGAUGUGAUGCCAGCCUACCACCAAUAGAUGGCAGUGUUGUACAGGAACCUACAUGGAGCGUGGAAGGAUUUCUUAUCCUUAGAACUUGUCUGUUCUAUUGGCACUGAUCUGGGAUCUUUUUAACAAUCCUCAUCUAAUCCAGAACUCUACCACGAGGGAAGGGAAGUAAAAACUCAACCCUAGAUCAGCAUCUAAGGAGAUUUCUAAAACGGGUUGGUCAAAACAAGCAUUGUGAUUGGUUGAGAAGUGUUCUAAGCCAUACUAAGAAACCUGUUUAGCACAGGCACAUCUACGAUGCAAAAAAUGGGCAUCUUGGUUUUCUGUUUAAUCUGAGAAACCUUUCAGCAUCCAUUUCCGUUGAGGGAUGAAAUAGUAGCCUACGAAUACAGUUGUCAAAAAUUAUGUUUUUUAUUGAAUUGGAAACCCGUUGUAGAAAAGCAAUUGCACACUCGAGGUUGUGCAAAACAACUUGUUUUAGCAUGCCUUCUCAUGUGCAACUACUUUACUGCAUCCUGCUCCUUCAUAUAGACGAGUCAACAUCCUGCUCCUUCAUAUAGACGAGUCAACAUCCUGCUCCUUCAUAUAGACGAGUCAACAUCCUGCUCCUUUAUAUAGACGAGUCAACAUCCUGUUCCUUCCUAUAGACGAGUCAACAUCCUGCUCCUUCCUAUAGACGAGUCAACAUCCUGCUCCUUCAUAUAGACGAGUCAACAUCCUGCUCCUUCAUAUAGACGAGUCAACAUCCUGUUCCUUUAUAUAGACGAGUCAACAUCCUGCUCCUUCAUAUAGACGAGUCAACAUCCUGCUCCUUCCUAUAGACGAGUCAACAUCCUGCUCCUUCCUAUAGACGAGUCAACAUCCUUCUUCCUAUAGACGAGUCAACAUCCUGCUCCUUUAUAUAGACGAGUCAACAUCCUGCUCCUUCAUAUAGACGAGUCAACAUCCUGCUCCUUCCUAUAGACGAGUCAACAUCCUGCUCCUUCCUAUAGACGAGUCAACAUCCUGCUCCUUCCUAUAGACGA